AAUAUCAUUUAUGUUUUGCAUGUGUCGUGUGUGGUGUGUGAGGGAGCGUAAGUAUAUGCCUAAUGCGUAUAUAUGUAUAUGUAUAUGGGAUCAUUCCACACUCAGUACGGUCCACCAUUUAUUAGUUAUCCUGUGAUUUUAUUUAAGUCUAAAUGUUACAUAUUACAUAUUGUUGAGUUAAUGGAUUUAGACGUUUUUGAUGAUGAGGUGGAGGAAGAAGGUGUUAUUGGUGAAGAGGAAGAAUAUGAUGAUUUUGAAGAGGAUAACGAUGGUCAACUGGCAAAUAUCCAGCAUCAGCGAGCCGAAACAUUUAUAAUUUUACCUGGUGUUAGGUUAAAUUCUACAGUCAUUAUGGAUAACCUGAAUUAUAGAUAUUAUAAAAAUGGGGCAAGGAAUGAUAAAACAUAUUUAGAGUGUGAAAAUCAAAAAAAUGUUGCUGUACAUUGUCCAUCAACAGCUUGGGUCAGGACUACAGAUAUAAAAAAAGGGAAUGGUGAUAUAAUGACUCGGCUUCAACACAACCAUUUUCCUCCGAAUAUUGACAUUCCAAUGGUCCACUUAAGAAGAUCUAUUGGUCUGGCUGGAACAAGUACCGGUAAUUUGGCUACUUCCAUCAGACAAAUUUAUAACCGAGAAGUUGUGUUAAAUCCAGAAGGUGCACAAAACUACACACAUUUACGGUUUUGUCUUAAUAAAAUGCGACGUCGUCGUCGUCCAAAAAAUCCAACCACUAUUGAUCAGUUAGCAGAUAUCUUGAUUGAUGCUUCAACAUCUACAUCAUAUAUAUCAACAUUGCAGCGCCCUUCUUCAAUGUUCAUGAAAUAA